AUGGUGGCCAAAGGAGACAAAAGCGCAGAACUAGAGCCAUACGAGUACGAACCACUUUCUACGCUCAACACAAUCCGUAUUUUCUGCCUGGAAUCUGCAGACGCGGAAAAGGAUCCGCUGAGGGGAUAUCUCAUCCAUUUCGACCGCUACGAGGAGCUUGCCAAGUCAGAUCAUCGGCGGAGAUAUACCGCUGUGUCGUAUACGUGGGGCGCACCAGACUUCGCGGAACGCAUUGUGAUAAGUAAGCCUGGAAGCGAGCAGGAGAGCUACCUGAAGAUUACCGCAAGUGUCAGGGUGAUGCUUGAGCACUUCCGUACUAAGCGAAAGAAGAAACUGUACCUCUGGAUCGACGCGAUCUGUCUUAACCAGCACGACGACGCUGAGAAGGCGCAGCAGAUUCCGUUAAUGGGAGAUAUCUACCAUCAGGCGCACAAGUCAUAUUUCUGGCUUGGGUUGGAAGACGGCUUCGACGCCGCUAAUGUUUUCACGUAUUUCCGUCUAUUAGCAAUCACGGAUUCCAGUCCAGACUUGACAGGUAACUUUGGGAAGGAUCGUCCAGAAACAAACCUUGCAAACCAGAUUCAAGAUUUUCUCAAGAGGGGCUGGUUUUUUCGACGCUGGAUACUGCAGGAAGCUGGACUGUCUCGCCAUGGACUUAUGUGGUGUGGUCUUCACACGAUCCAGUAUGAUCUGUUCGUUUUGGCAUGCAGAAAAUUGCUCAGGAAGGGCAUCGAUAUUAAUAGCGACGAGAAGCGACUUCGCGAUACAUUCGCCAUCAAAACCACGGUAGAGAUUCACGAUCUUGUACAAGGGUCUCGGAAAUCACAGGAUGUCCUUGAUAUGAUGUGGAAGUUUCACCAGAGUCAGUGCUCAGACGAGAAGGACCGUAUUGGUGCCCUUUACGGACUAAUC